AUGGAUCCAAGGAAUCCGUAUAGCCAGUCUGUUGGUUAUACGAGCCUUCUUUACAGUCAACACGACAAUGUUAAUGAUGGAAACUCUCCUUAUGAGAGUUUUCCUUCUGGAUCUUCACAGAUCCCUCAAUUCAGUUCUCAACAGUCUGUUGCUCCAACUCCACCCACAGAUCAACCCGUGGAGCGUGGGAGGAGACAUAAAUGGACCCCAGCCGAGGACGAGAUGCUGAUAAGUGCUUGGUUAAAUACCUCAAAGGACGCUAUAGUCGGCAAUAACCAGAAAUCAGAGAGACAAAUAUCCAGUGGUCAACAUGAGAACGAUGUACUCAAGGUGGCCCAUGAAAUAUUCUUCGCGGAUCAGGGGUCCAAAUUCACACUGGAGCAUGCGUGGUGUGUGUUGAGGUAUGAGCAGAAAUGGCUCAACCUCAACAGCACUAAAGCUUCUGAUAGUUCUAAGAGGAAAACCGUUGACCCAGAUUCCCAAACUGAAACGACAGGUGUUGGUGAAGAAGAGAUACGCCCUGAAGGUGUAAAGGCUGCAAAAGCUAAACGUAAUGGGACUGGGAAGUCUGUUGAUUACUAUACAACGGUACUUGAACUGAGGAAGGUGGAUUUGGAUAGGAAAGAAAAGCUCCAGAAGCUUGCCAUCUUAGACACACUCCUGACCAGGACGCAACCACUCAGUGAGGCUGAGGAAGCAGCCAAAAACAAGAUCCUCGCCGAGUAUAUUUAG